CCUUUAUUUCGAUUCUGAGCAAUAUUCUGCCAGUUGAAAUCUCCAGACUCAUUUGGUGAUUCCGCAAAACAACUUAUACCUGCUAUCAUAUAUGAAUUUUUAGGGGAAUACAAGAAGAGAAACAAUGCAUGGUGCAUUAUUGGUCCUGUUGAUUAUUGGCAUUCUAGAAUACUCCCACGGUCAAGGCGACUCUCUCCGGAGUGCAUUAAAUGCCAUUGAUAGACGUCAAAGAAACUUAGCCGACUACGAUGAGAUCGAAUAUGGAUAUACUUUGGAACGUCCAGAAGACCUCGCCUUUCUCAAAUCCCCUCCCGGAUACGGUUCAGAAAGGUCCUAUGAAAGGCCGCCCAUGAAUUAUCUAGACGAAGAAAACUAUGACACGGAAAUGAACAAGAGACUAUCUUCGGCGUUCCGUGAACGACUGGAAGAAGACAACCAGAAACAACUGGAAGAAAUGGGUGAAAAUUUCAUGUCAAAUAUGGAGAAUAGGGGAAGAUAUGCUGUUGAGAAUGAAGAUUAUGAUGAAAUACUUAGGGAAUUUUAUGACAAGUACCGAAGACCGUAUGAGAGAAGUAAAAUGUACCCUUCAAAAGUUGAAAAACGUUACAUGUAUCCCCGAUUUGGAUUGGACAGUGUUGGACUGAGAAAGAGAAAUAUGUUUUCUAAUGAAGGAUAUGAUGAUUCAUAUAGGGAUGAUAUUUAUGAUUCUGAAGAAAAUGAAGACUAUCCAUCAAACUACUUGAGAAAGCGCUACUACCAAAAAGAGAAUAACAUACAUAGACAAAUGCAAAUGUAUCCGUAUUCUCAAGCUAAAAGAUUUCCAGUAACCAAACGAAGCAGUGACUAUAAGAUGUCAGCGAUGGAAGCGAAUCACGAACAUAAGAGAUCUACCACGAAGAAACAAACUGAUCCCAAAGUUGAGAAAGAACUUAGUAGUAUUUUCUCUGGGGCUAACGAUAACAAAACUACUGAGAAACCAAUCACUGCGAAGUCCGAUAUUUCCCAAACAGACGUCAAAACUACACAGGCACCAAAAGAAGAAAAGACAAAAAAGACUAAAUCCAUCAAUAAAGAAGAAUUUACUCCAGUUGCGCCAGUAAGCGAGAAACCCUUACAAAUAAAAAAGAAAUCCGUAGAUUGGUCAGAUUAUUUUGGUUUAGACAGGCGUAAGAAGUCAGAGCCGAACAACGACCUAGAUAAAGAAUGGUUGAUGGAAAGAUACCACAAGUCAAUUGUAAUGUCUACCAAAAAAAGAAAUGCUGAACUCCCGCUCUCUUCUUUUCGAAACCACGACGAGCCAUUGAAAAAAGGAAAGGAAAUCAGAAAUAACAAAGAUAUGGAGGAUAAGAAAAUUGAUGACAUGGAUUCUAGGCUUCAACUAAUGGAGGACAAAAUUGUAGACGAUACAUUGAAGUAUACUGGAGCUCAUCAGGGAGAAUCCGAUCCACGUGAGAUUCAAGAAAUCAAAGAUAGGAUUAUUUCUAGACUUGCAGCGGCGUACAGCUUGGAGAAAAUGAGAAAUGCUUUAGGAGAAUAUAGAUUGAGCGUGGCAAAAGAGAGAGAAAGACUGAAGAAUAGACGUCCUGAAAUUGAAGAGUACAUGAUUUCUGAGGAGAAACGAACUUCGGUUCCCAGGAAACAGGUUGUUGAUAAAGAAACCGAGGAUACAUCAGAGGCUGACAAUAAUAUCAAAUGUGCUGAUGGAGAUGAAGACUGUCAUGAGCAAAACUACAAGACUCCGAAUGAAGUAAUUGAGAGCCAUUUUGGAAGUGAAGAGUGCCCAGUUAUCGAGCGUGCUUGCAAUGAAGUCGCCUCAGUCGUUGGAGAAUAUGGGCACAUUUUCAAAAGCGCAUGUAGCAUGCACGAGAUGUGUCUUCUAUGUAGUAACAACAGCUGGUUCGCUCCAACGCGACAGUGCAACUCACUAUUUUUAGCGAAGGCUUAUGAUAUGUGCAAGGGAAACAUGCAAUGCCAAAAAGAAGCCCAACGUUCUAUUCGAUAUUUAGCAGACGUCAAUCGGUCCACACAUUUGGAGACGGCGGCACUAAAUAAUUGCGAAUUAUCCUGUCCAGACACUGAUGCCAUACCGGAAAUAAACUCACGAUAAAUGUAGUUGUCCAGUAGGUGUCCAGUAAAUGUUUACUAGAAUCUAUCGCCAUGUGAUUUUUUACCAAAUUUGAAAAUAC